AUGUCCGACGCUGAUCGCCAAAGCGACGAUGUUGCGCCGCCAAGUUGUAAAAAAAUAAAAAUUAACCAUCAGACUGAUAAUGGUGUUAAUGAUAAUAAGAUAAAUCUGAAAGACUUUAUCCCAGAGAAGAUAUUAAGAAAUAAUUCGAACACUAAAUUAGUUUGUGUGCAAGGUAAAUUCGUUGAUAAAAGUGGCGUUGCUCUGGCUAUAUUGGAGAAAACUGUGUUUAGGGAGGAAGAAUUGAACGAUACUGGCUAUUUUUCACCGGAAACCGUCUUGGAAACAUAUUUCCAGAACGAUAUAUAUGGGAAUUACGUUUGUUUCCCGAAGUCUUCAUUGAACGGUGUGAAAACCACAAUAAUAUAUCCAGCUACUGAGAAGCACAUAGUGAAGUACAGCCAACAAGAAGUCCACAUUGUAUUGGAGACACCAGAGUUGUAUGAGAAGUUAACAUUACCCUUUAUUAAAAAGGAGCAGUUCAAUUUACAGUGGUUGUAUAAUAUUUUGGAAGGAGUGAGUGAGCAGGAUAGAAUUGUACAUGAUAAUAAGUGUGAAAAGGAGGGAUUUGUUCUGCUACCAGAUUUGAAAUGGGAUGGUCUUACUAAGGAGACAUUGUACUUGCUGGCAAUUGUUAGACAGAGAGGCAUAAAGUCACUGCGAGACCUGAAUGAAAGUCAUUUGCCUCUUCUUAGAAGAAUACUGAAUGAGGGAAAGAAAAAAAUACUAGAGAAGUACAACGUGUGUGAUAGUCAAUUGCGUAUCUACUUACACUACCAGCCAUCGUUCUAUCAUCUCCACGUACAUUUCACGUAUCUCCGGCACGAGGCACCCGGCAUCUAUGCAGAAAAGUCGCACCUACUCAGCACAGUCAUCAACAACAUCGAAAUGAUGGGCAACUACUAUCAAAAAGCAAGUCUACCAUUCACAAUCCGUGAGAUGGACAAUAUAUUCAAUGUAUACGAGACAAAUGGUUAUGUGCAAAGAAUUAAGCCAAAUAUUGAGAAUAUUGAACUAAUUGAUAAGUAA